GCUUUAUUUCCUUAACGCUUCUGACCCCUUUUCCUCCCCCUGGAGCACUUUGGGUUUUUUUUCCCCCCUUUAUUAUCCCAAUAAAAGGGGACCUCCACAACUUAAGACCCUCUCUGCCUUCCCCUUCCAGAUCCGCGUUUGCCCACGGGUGUGCGUGGGGGGGGGGGGGGUCCCAACGAGGAAAAUUAACUCUAAUCAUAAUUAAUAAUCAUAAUUAAUAAUCGUAACAACAGUCGCUCCCUCCGAGCGCCCAUCUCCGGGAUCGCACUGACGAUGGCAGCAGAGGGGCGCUCCGACAAAAUGGCGUCCGACAUCGAAGUGCGUAUGAAGCAGUGGUGUGUGAUUGAAUUCCUGCAUGCGGAAAAGAUCGAACCCGUCGACAUUCAUCGACGGCUGCUGAACGUGUACGGAGACCAAACGGUGGAUGUGAGCACCGUGAGGCGGUGGGUGCCGCAGGGAAGGAUGAGCGACGCCGGCGCCAAGCCCAGCCCGCCGCUGGCCUCCAAGGGGGAAAAGGACGCGGCGGAGAAGAGGGGACGGGGGCGGCCCAGAAAGAAACCGGAGGAUCCCAGCGAAGCGCCCACCCCCAAGAGACCCCGCGGACGGCCGAAGGGCAGCAAGAACAAGGCCAGCUCCAAAGGCAGGAAAUCCUCAGUCACGCCAGGGAUGAAACCUCGGGGCCGACCCAAAAAACCGCAGCAGGACGAGGAGGAGGUGAACAUUUCCCAGGAGUCAUCCGAGGAGGAGCAGUGACCCCUCCCGAACCGCCGCUACCUCAUCAUCACCCCCCAGGACUGAGGGAGAGGGACGGGGCACAACCCCCCCCCAGCAGCACCCGGCUUCCUCCUCCUCCUCCUCCUCCUCCUCCUCCUCCUCUUCCUCCUGCCCCGCUCCUUCCUCACCCCCAACAACAGCAGCACUGGAACAGAGGGCUCAGCCCCACGGCCCUAUGGGGGGGACCCCCACCCUCCUCCCCCCAGCACAGUGGGGCAGCCCCACUCCCCCCCCGUUUCCCCCCCCGCUGCAUCCCCACGGUGCCCACUUUGGGGUGACCCCUUUCCCCAUCGGUUCCGGUUAAUUUUAUUUUAUUAUUUUAUAUAUAUAUGUAAUUUGUUUUGGGUUGGUUUGGGGUUUUUUUUUUUGUUUGUUUGUUUGUUUUUUAGUCCUUUUGGUUCUCCUCUCAUUCACAACUACCUCUGGAUAUUUAAGUUCUGCUCUCGGCUCGUGGAGCACUGCUGUGCCGGUGUGGGGCCGCCGGGCAUCCUUUGCUUGGGGUCAUCAUUUUCCCCUUUAUUUUUUUUUGGGGGGGGGGGGUUGCAUUGCUGGGGUCGCAGCAGGGGGGGAUUCCCCCCACUUCAGGCAUUUGUUCAUUCAUUUUUUUUUUCUACUGCUACUUUAAGGGUUCGGUCACUGCUGCUCCUGGGUGGGGGUAGGGGGAGACCGGGGGUCCCCCCCCCCUGUGCCACCCCCACGGCUGCAGUGGGGCUGGGGGGGUUCGGUGUCAGGUUCAGGGUGCUGCCAGUGUGGGGCAAUGGGGGGGGGGGGGGGAUUUAUUACUGUUUAUUUUUUUGUUCCACUGUUAACAACCGUCUGGUUUCCUAUUUGCAGUUACUUGAAUAAAACGUUUUAUGGA